AUGCGGCAGCACUAAUUCUCAUGGCCGUCAAAGUGCAGUGAAAAAUGUGAAAAUUGCCUCUAAAACGCUACAAAACAGCGAAUAUUGAGAAAAUGUAACAACUAUAAGUGCCAGUGAAGUUCAGAUCUCAAUCACAAAGUUACUGUCACGAUGUCUCGGGAAACGGCCAGCGGAAUGUCUCAGGGCAGUUCUGACAAGAAGAAAUACAGAUCAAGAUCGUCUUCGCGGUUCGCGGAUCUGGACAAGCAGCGCAAGAUAAAAUGCAUGGGCGGAACGCCGAGUCUCUCCUCCAUUCCCAACACCAUCAAGUUGAGUAUGCUCAACAGUGGCCUGCUCUCCUUCGACCGCGUCAAGCUGGAGGCGCGCGAUGAGAACAACUCGCUGUCGCAGACAAUACCUGACCGACAGGUGCCACUCAAGUUCUUCCUGAAGCUCUGCGAGCAGCGCAAGAAGUUUCCUGUGCUCUUCAAGCUCGAGUUCCAAACGGCCAUCAAAGUGGAGAACAAUUCCAUUCGACACGCCACACGGAAGAACAAUCUGGAGAAGAACCAGAAUCAGAAGUGUGUUCCUUACGACUACAAUCGCGUCGUACUGAAGAAGAUUGAAGGUGUUCCAGACUCGGACUACAUCAAUGCAUCCUAUGUUGACAGCCUUUUGAAGCCGAAUGCAUACAUUGUCACACAAGGACCAACAGAAGAGACGGUCUGUGACUUUUGGCGAAUGAUUUGGAGCGAGAAUGUUAGUGCCAUUAUUAUGUUGACGAAGACGUUCGAUUUCACAAAGGUCAUGUGUGUUCAAUAUUGGCCAGCAUCGAAGGAGAAGGAUGAAUUCUACGCCGACAUCAAUAUUGCAAUUGUGAAGGAAGAGCAAUUGGCCAACUUUCAAAUACGCACAUUUCGUAUUUACAACAAAAGCGAGGGUGGUCCAUCCGCAUCGAGAGACAUCUUGCAAUUUCACUUCACUGAAUGGCAUUCACAUUCUUGUCCAUUUUCAAACGCCGUCUUGGAAUUUCGACGACGUGUUCGUGCUGUUGUGGGAAAUAUCAUCACGGAAAAUACUGUGAUUGGACCGAUGCUGGUGCACUGCAACGAUGGCGGCGGCCGAUCUGGAGUUUACCUGGCCAUUGACACAAACAUGGAAUUGGCGGAAGAAGAGGAGUGUUUCCAUCUCUUUGGGUACUUGAAGAAGCUUCGUCAGUCGCGUAAGGGUUUGAUAGAGAAUGUGGAUCAGUACAAAUUCGUGUAUGACACUCUCGAAGAGUACCUGAGCUGCGGAAAUUCCUGGUUUCCCGUGUCGCAGCUCUCGGAGAAACUCAAAGAGAAGAGCGUGAAGAAUCCUGCAACGAAAGUGAAUGAGUACCAGAGAGAAUAUGAUCAGAUAUGCAAGCAAACGCCGAGAUUCUCCAUUGGCGACUGUGCUGGCGGACAUCGUGCUGAUAAUAGGGACAAGAAUAGAGAUGUGCUCUGCGUUCCACCCGAUAAUUACCGGCCGUAUUUGACAUCCUUUCAGGGAAAUGCUUUUACGGACUAUAUAAAUGCGGUGUUUGUGGAUGGAUACACAAAGCCGAGGGAAUAUAUUGUGACUGAGUGGCCAGUGAUUAAGACACUGGGAGAGUUUUGGUCUCUUGUCUAUGAUCACGAGUGCGCCGCUGUUGUUGUCACUUGCAGUCCGCCGCCGAAUUCGCAGCAGUAUCCGGCGUUCUGGCCAGACAAGAGGAAGCAAUCCAUCAAAUACGGCCCAGUGUUCACGAUCACGUGCAAGGCGAGCAAGCAGUACAGCAACAUCAAGACGUGGGAAUACGUGAUCAACAAGAAGAUCGUCUCGCUCACCGAGCUGAUGGCGGGCGUGAAGGCGCCGGCGAAGUGCUGCAAACUUUUUCAGCUCCUGUGCUGGCCAAUGGGCCACAAGGUGCCGACGUCCACGAACAGUCUCGUGGAGCUGAUGAAUAUGGUGGAACAGUGGCGCGCGAAGAUGGACAACGGCCCAGUUUGUGUUGUCUCACCUGACGGACGAAGCCGAGCUGGUGUUUAUUGCGCCGCCAAUGCGUGCAUCGAGCAAGUGAUUCAGCAUGGAGAAGUGGACAUCUUUCAGGCUGUCAAGACUGUGAGGAGAAAUCGUCCGCAGUUGGUUGAGAACAUUACUGAAUACAAAUAUGGCUAUGAUUUGGUUCUUCACUACGUGCUGCACUAUUUAGACAAGGACAUGAAGGAAAAGGACAAGGACAAGGAGAAGGAAAAGAAUACAGGGCAAAACUAAACGCCUCUUACUAUUGUAUUUCAUCCCAAGUAACUAUUUUCUGUUCUUUUUCUGUACCGAACUUGCAUAGGGAAAUUGUGAGAAUUUUUAGAGGAUUUAUUAAGAGGAAAUAUUUGUCGUCCAGAGAUAUUUGUUAUGAACCUAUACACCAUAUUUAAUUACAAGAGUAUAUUGGAGGAAACUUGGAAGAAAAUGUUUAAUGUACAAGAAUAUAUUUAUGGGAAAUAAUUGUUCGUUGAUGUAGUAAAUAUAUUAAUUGUUUCAUAUAAUGGAAA